GUAUCUUCCUGGUCGAUCACGCUGCUGGCAUAAAGUCGCAUGUCGCACUAUACGGUGGUUUGUCUCAUCGCUAGCUGUUCGAGUUAGUCAGACAGUCACUAUAGUCAGUCGUUGGUGAUCAACGAGCGAGUGAAGUGCGUUGAGUUUUUAUGAAUUGAAAUACAUGAUCGGCAAAGAGAGAAGCAGCGAUAGCAGCAGUAGUAGAUAUUUAUCAAGUGAAUCCAUGAUUACGUCCGCAAGAAACGUCAAUUUGCCAGAACGCUCAACCUUUUUCGGUGGCAAAGCACAUCGAGCGUUUAAGAAAACGCCAAUCCUGUCUCAACUGUCGCGCCGAUUUCACGAUAUGUUGACGACAGACGCGAAACCGGAUCCGCCGCGGACCGGAAGCUACAUGCACAAUCUUUCACCGACUUCGGACGAGGAAUUGACGAAAACGCAAUCAAAGUCGAUGCCUGCCACGCCGGAAAAGGAGCAGGAGGACGUGAUGUCGAUGCAAGAGCAAAAAUCAAUGCCGAACGGCGCAAGGCCGACGACACCCACCAAUUUUUGUACAAAGCCGGAAGACAGCGAUACGAGGUCGACGAGCGAAUCAAAGGAAUAUAAACGACCAAGGAUGAAGAAACCAAAAUACAAAUAUUCACAAGGCACGAAUGUGGUAAAUUAUAACAUAGUCAACUCCAAUGGAGUGAAGAUCGGCUCGCGCACGAGUUACAUAUGUAAUGUGAAUCAGUACCCGGCGAAUAAUAACGCGACGCAGUCCGAGACGGCUUCGAAACUGAAGCAUCGGCCGAUGCCCGAGAAUGUGGAAGAAUUGAGCACGUGCGAAGAAGAGCUCGGGUUCGACGACAUGUUCAUUCUUAAAACACACGUUGGACACGGAUGGCGGGACGUCGCGAGAAGACUCUCGUAUUCGGACGGACAGAUCGAUCAAUUCGAGGAGAAUUAUAGACACAAGGGUAUCGACGAGGUAAUCUAUCAGUUAUUGCUUGAUUGGAAGCAAGCCAACACACGGGAUGCUCAACUCGGCACGUUAGUUAGCAUACUAUGGUCUUGCCAGGAGUACGAUUGCGUCGAGCGAUUAGUUGUAGCUCGCAAGAAUCCGUCUUAGUUGGGCGCGGCAAAUAAAAAUCUCUACCUAAAGCUUGUACAUACACUUGUACUUACUUUGUACGUAAACGAUUGUGAUUAUUUUUUUUUACUCGAAAUAUCAUUUCACUGUUUUUAUACAUAUUUUAGCACGUAAUUUAUAGAUGCAUCAUUCUGAUUGCAAAGAUCGACACAUCAUACAUUCAUCUAAAUAUCAGAUUGACAAAACAUUGUUCUAGACUAAUUCGUAUUCAGUCUUCGAUAUGGCAUUAUGGAAUCGCAUUGAGCCUGCGUUUCAAGUAGGAACAUGAUCUGGUUAAUAAUGCAUCACGAACGAACUUGUCGCUUUGCGCAAUAUACAUGUGUAAUAUUCCAAUGCGCGCACGCGUGUGUGUGUAUACAUACAUACAUUUUUUUAUACUUAUCCUAAUUUUAUAAAAUCUAGUAGAAAUGAACAUGCAAUUCUCCAAACAAUAUGUAUUUCUUUUAGUCAUUGUACAAAGUCCAUAUAAAUACGCCUUUGAUGUUACACAAUAAAAUCAGGCAU